CCCUGAGCCAGGCGUGGCUCGUUUGAACCUUUAGCUUUUUCUCACAUCACACCUGAAGGAAUGGAGCGACCAAUUUCUCUCUCUACUGCUCCUCUCUCUCCCUUUCCAGAUCAAGGUAUAAUGUCUUUGACGAGCAAGAGACAAAAAAUUGUAAGAGAAAUUUACGACUCGGAGCAAACAUACAUAUCGCAGUUAAACACAAUAGUGGAAUUGUUUCUCAAGCCAAUACGGGUUGGUGGGUAUCUAUCACAGAGCAACAUAUUAACAAUAUUCAGCAACAUCGAAGGUCUCCUUGCUGUAAACUCAGAAUUACUCAACUUCAUGAGGCAAUCGAGUCUUGGCGAUGCAUUCCUGUAUUUGGGUCCAUUUCUAAAACUGUAUGGAUCGUAUUCUGGCAACUUCCAAACAGCAACAGCUACAUUAGAGAAAUGUUUGAAAUCAGAUCAAAGAUUCAACGACUUCAUACUAACACAAGAAUCGAGACCAGAGUGCAAUUAUCUCAAUUUAUCAGCUUUGCUAAUCGUGCCAGUUCAAAGAAUACCAAGAUACAAGCUAUUGCUGGAUGACCUGCUUAAACACACCAAACAAACUCAUAUUGAGUACACAAAAAUUAACAGUGCUGUUCAGCAGAUAAGUGCAGUUGCAUCUUAUAUUAAUGAAUAUAUCAGAUUUCAUCAAAAUCAACAGAAAAUGAUUCAAGUCCAAUCAUCAUUGACUGGAGGAUAUGUACCAGUGAUUGUCAUGCCUGGCAGGCAAUUUAUUAAAGAAGGAAAAAUGAUGAAAUAUAUAUCUUUAUGUAUUUCACAGAUAUGCAGAAAGAAGCCUAAGGAAAGAAUGAUAUACCUAUUCACAGAUAUACUCUUAUAUGCCAGAACAAACAUAUUUGAUGUGAAACUGGAAAGCUUUGUAUGCCGUGGGAUAUUACCUCUACUUAAUGCACAUAUUAAAGUUGAACUCAAUGAUACAAGGGUACCCACUAGGAAUACACCAGUAUUAAAACUGACAACUGAGGACAAUAACACUUUACUAUUAUACUCUGAAGAUGAACAAACUACAUUCGAAUGGGCAGAAGCAAUACAAUCAACUAUAUUAGAGCUCAACAAUGGAACUUUAAAAGAGCCUAUACAUCUAGCACCAGCACCACCACCAAAAACAACAUCAAAAGAUAUAGCAGCAUUCCCACCUCCUGAUCAAAACAGAACUCCAGUUGUACAACAAAUGGAAGAAUUAGCAGUCCCACCUGAAUUACAAGAUACUGAGCAACAGUUGAACAGUAGUGUGGAGCCUGGAGGUGAACGAAUGCAAUUAGAAGAGCUGGCUUUUCCACCACAACUUGAUCCACCGCAGCUAGAUCCACCAAAUGAAAUGAAUGUUGAAAUCAACGAGGAAAAAAAUGAAGAUGAAGUAGAGAAAACACAUGAACUAGACUCACUAAUAGCAUCAACUGUUCAAUCAGGUACUGUACAGUCACGUUGCUGUAUAAUAUCUUAGUUAAUUAAUUUAAUAAAAACAAUGAGUUCAUUUAUUAUAUUUUCAUUCUUCCGGUCAAUAUGCGGCCUUAGACUAUCCAUAACAAACAAAAGAUCGUUACCAGUA